CGCAAUGCGUUCUCAUGCACACACGCUGACGUCAGGAGCGCGGAAGACGUCGGGCCAGCGGUUCCAUCGGCGGUUCACGGAGCUGGGUUUUCGUUCUUUGCCGUCAGGACUCAGGCUAAGUGUUCAAGAUGUCGUACAUGCUUCCACAUUUGCACAAUGGUUGGCAGGUAGAUCAAGCUAUUCUUUCAGAAGAGGACCGAGUUGUUGUUAUUAGGUUUGGACAUGAUUGGGAUCCCACUUGUAUGAAAAUGGAUGAAGUUUUAUAUAGUAUUGCAGAAAAGGUAAAAAAUUUUGCAGUUAUAUAUCUUGUGGAUAUUACAGAAGUACCGGACUUCAAUAAAAUGUAUGAGUUGUAUGAUCCCUGUACUGUCAUGUUUUUCUUUAGGAACAAGCACAUCAUGAUUGAUUUGGGUACAGGCAACAACAACAAGAUUAACUGGGCAAUGGAAGACAAGCAAGAGAUGAUUGACAUCAUAGAAACAGUAUAUAGAGGUGCUCGUAAAGGUAGAGGUCUCGUGGUUUCUCCAAAGGACUAUUCCACCAAAUACAGAUACUGAUGUUCUUUUGGAUAUCAGAGGUCUAAUUCUUUAAGAGAAUGUGGAAGCUCUUGGGAGUUUUUGUGUGUGGAGAUUUGUGGGGGAUUUUUUUGUUUUGUUUUUUAACUAUUUAAAUUCUUUGAGGAAAAUGCUUGGAAGAGAUAUGAUAUAAGCAGCUGGAUCAUUUUUUUGGAAUAAGGGCUUUGGAGCCUUAAAUUUUCAGUGUAUUUUUAUAUGAUUAACUAUGAACAAUUCACAGCUGAAAAAAUUAAAAUAUGUGAGAAUAUGAUCACUGUCUGUUUAUGUGAUUUUUUUGUUAUUGUUUUGAAACAACUUUGUGAUUGAGGAUUCUUUGUUUUUAGUAAAACUUAGUUUCACUAAAUUUGCUUCAGAAGUUUGAAGAGUUCAUUCAAACUUUAUAUUUUGCAAUCUGUUAUUGCUCUAUUGUCAUUAUUUGGUAACUAUCCAGAGCUUUUAAAGUACUUCUCAAGCUGUAAAAAAGAAGUGUUCAUCCUUUCAUCUGACUAUAAACAGAACCUUACAAUAUAAAUGUAUUUUUUAAAAGUUCAAUUAAAAUUAAAGGGUUGAGUAUUCA